AUGUCGCUGCGCGCUCGCCCUCACCUCCUCGGUACCAUCUUGCGUUCUACGACUCCCAUCGGCUCUGGAAGUGCCUGCGCUGCUUUUCGACAGCGGUUUAUCGGGCCUCUGGGAAAUCCUGCCGAUAUCCGCGGAACUGGACCGACUCGUGUGUUGCAGGGCCGACAAAUGAUCAUUCAAAUGACACCCGCAAUUGAGACACACGUCUUUCCAGUAGUGGAGUUCGAGUCCCGGGCAUUUAUGGUCGCAUCGGGAACAUGGCGACCCCUUGCCGAAGUCAGCAGAACCAUAUCCUCCAUCAUAGGGGCUGCCAAAGACAUGACCACACUGGCAGCUGCUUACCCCACUGACUACACUCAAUCAGACCAAAAAGCUCUGGUGGCUGCCAGUCCACCAGAGUUGCUGAAAUCUCGCUCAUCUUCUCCAAGAACCGGCACCACGUCUACUGACAUCAACAGCAAUGCGAGGUCAACCAAGGACCUCAAUACUGCAGCUGCCACAGCUGAUGAUGACAGCCAGAGUCAGGACUCUGGGUCUCUAUUACAGGCCAACUCUGAUGGAGUCACUGUUCUCAUGUAUGCUUGCCAACAGGACAGGGAAAGUGAUGUCAGGGCUCUUCUC